UCAUGUGACCCUGACACAGCUCAGUGUCCGCUUCUCUGUGUUCCUCGGUGUUUCAGGCUCUAACCUGCGACCAGCUGGUGUGUGUGUGUGUUUCCGCAGCUCCUCACCUCACACACACCCACUGCCGGAUCUCAACCAUCAGCCUGUGUCACAGCCAUGAAGUUCACCGGCUCUCUGCUCUGUCUCCGGCUCCUUCAUCCCGCACCGUGACACACUCUUCCUCACCCGGCAGGCCUCUGCGCUCACCGAGGGAGAUCCGGUCCCACGCGCCGCGCCAGGGUGGGUGCAGCUCGGCCACGGCGGCAGCAUGGGCCCGGUCCGCGGCCGAGCCUGAGCUCCGAGCGACGUGAAGCGACUGAGGGAUGAACCACACGAGCUGUCUCCUGCAUGUCACCGGCACCACAGUCUGUCCGCCACGAUGAACGGCCCUCAGCAGAGUGAUACCAAGAGACAACACCUCCUGGAGAGGCUGCUGGAUGCUGUCAAACAGUGCCAAAUUCGCUUUGGAGGAAAGAAAGAGAUCGCCACCGACUCAGACAGCAGAGUGAUCUGUCUGUGCGCACAGUUUGAAGCGGUGCUGCAGCACGGCCUGAGGAAGAGCAGAGGUCUGGCCCUCACCGCCGCCGCACUCAAGCAGGCCGCGGGCUUCAGCAGCAAGGCCGAAGCAGAGUUGACUUUCUGGUUUUACGUGAAGGAGCACCUGAACCGCCAUGAGCUCCAGCGGUUCUACUCGCUGCGUCACAUUUCCUCCGAGCUGGGUCGGGGUCGUGCGUGGCUGCGCUGCGCCCUCAACGAGCACUCGCUGGAGCGCUACCUGCACACACUGCUGGCUGACCGCCCACGUCUGGGAACUUACUAUGAAGAUGGGGCUUUUAUUCUUGAUGAAGAGAGAGCAAGUAUGCUCCCCACCAUGGCUGCAGGCCUGAACUCCAUCCUGUUUGCCAUCAACAUCGACAACACCGACCUGAACGGCGGGUUGACGCGAGGCGCAGGCCCGUCGGUGUCCGACCUCCUCAAGGAGUCCACGCAGGGCAUCGGCAGCCUGUUGAAGGAGUCGACUCAGGGGGUGAGCAGCCUCCUGCGGGAGAUCAGCACAGCCACGGCCGUGGUGCCCGGAUUCACGGCCCGAGGGGAUGGAGCGUCGGACCCGCUACCUGUUCUUCCACGCAGCACCUCUGCUGAUUCAGGGCUGAGGAAGGAGCGCCGCAGGAAAAAGAAGAUCACCAACAUCAUUUCUUUUGAUGAUGAUCUGGAUGGAGGGGCGGAGGACGAGGAGGAGGGGGAGGAGGACUCCCAGAAAACGGGCACGAUAAGGAAGAGUCACACCGCUCUGGCUCAGAGCAGCUUGGAGGAAGGGAUAGACCCACUGGAGCCGGCCUUCUCCCAGUCGCCGGCACAGAACGGCCUGGAGGAGCCGGGGAUAGUCAACUGGGUUGGGUCCCCGCAUCCCUCUCGCACGCCUCCCGCAACUACGCCCCCUCUGCCCGACAGCAAGAGCAUCGACAACGAGGAGGAGGAGGAGGAGGAAGAAGAGGAGAUGUACAAACCCAGAGCACAACCUCAGGAGGAGGAGAGGAUCAGCUCUGAUCAGGUGGUGGUCGGGAGUCUGUCCAGUGUGUCCACGUGGAGCCCUCUACAGGUGAUGACAAACCACAGCAGCGCCGACAUCCUCAUCCCUCUGAACCCUGCGGACCGUCAGCCAGUGAGCUCUGUGGAAGACACGGCCGCAUUUCCUGCUCAGUGUGACUCAACAGGGCCGGUGGGAAACUGUGAGAGCAGCAGGUCCGAGCUAACGUUCAACAUGGAGUCAAGUCCACCGGCGCCGUCUGCUCCCAUCUCCAGCGUCCUGCAAACACCUGGUCUGCCGGAGUCCAUGACAGUGGUGGAGCUGCGUCAGGCCAUUGUAGCCAUGAUGAACAGGAAGGACGAGCUGGAGGAGCAAAACACGUCUCUUCGCUGUCUGCUGGACGGGGAGAUGGAGCACUCAGCCGGCCUGAGGCAGGAAACGGACAUGCUGAAGAGGAAGCUGGCAGAGCUGGAGGAGAGGCACACAGCCAAGGUCCAGGCACUGGCCAGGGAGAAUGAGGUCCUGAAGGUCCAGUUGAAGAAGUAUGUGGGGGCGGUACAGAUGCUGAAGAGAGAGGGGAACCAGGGCAACGACGCCCUGUCUAUAUUGCCGUCAAGCGAGGAGCAGACCCCUGUGCCACAGAAUAAGUCCAUGGGUGACAUCGAGGAGCUCGCUGCCAGCUAUGAACGCAAACUCAUAGAGGUGGCCGAGAUGCAUGGGGAGCUCAUAGAGUUUAAUGAGCGCCUGUACCGUUCCCUAAUGGCCAAAGACCAUCUCAUUGUCCAGAUGAGACAGGAACUAAUUGACCUGAGAGGACCGGUUCCAGGUGAUUUAAGCCAGACGUCAGAUGACCCCAGUUUGUCAGAUUUUGAAACGGCUCAUCGCGCUCUCAUCAACGUGUGGAUCCCCUCUGUGUUCCUGCAGGGCCGAGCCGCCAACGCCUACCACGUCUAUCAGGUGUACAUCCGCAUCCUAGACAACGAGUGGAAUGUGUACAGACGUUACACAGAGUUCAGGGAGCUCCACAGCCACCUGAGAAGCCAGUUUCCACAGGUGGAAACCUUCAACUUCCCACCGAAGAAAGCCAUAGGGAACAAGGAUGCCAAGUUCGUGGAGGAGAGAAGGAAGCAGCUGCAGGGUUACCUUCGCACGGUGAUGAACAAACUCAUCCAGACGCUGCCGGAGUUCACGGCCCGCCCCUCCAAAGAGACCCUGCUGUCUCUCCUGCCAUUCUGUCAAGACACACCCCAGGCAAACGACGGAGGAGCCAAGACGCCCCGGUCCAAAAAUUCCUCCCGUUUCCCCAGACUGGGCCGCAGCCGCAACCAGGAAACACGACCGGAGCCUCAGAGUGGAGACCUGUAACUUCAGAGUCUCGGAAGCAACACUCUGACUUUACAGGCAGGAGACGACAAUGUUCCAGUGUCUCUGGACUAUGAGGACAUAUAGGGAGCCUGGCGGACCUUCAAAGCCUUACAAAUAAAAAAAAUAAAAAAAAACGCUCAGUUCAGGAGGAGGCGCUCACACCGCCUCCUUUCUAGAUGAACACAUACAUGUUUCUGAGCAUUGCCCGGCUGGGUAAAGGAGAAAAGACUCCCCUGAGGCUGCCUAUCAGUGGAUCCAAUCAUACAGCACCUCUUACCUCAUGGAGAGACCCUCAGACUCUCUGUAAACUGCACACGGACUCACCUGGACUGCUCUCUUAUCUCCAACACAAUGAGGUGAUGGGGACGUGUAUUCUUUAUUUUAUUUUUUUUACUCUGCUCAGUUUUGUAGUGGUCAUGGUCACAGUGCCUACAGUGUUUUGUAGCUGCUUUCCUGCUCUGAGGGAAGGACGCAGAGGGGAAGUGGGACGAAGUAUUCUCAAGGUGAAAGUUGUUUUUCAGCUAACGUAUCAACAUGUUGGUGCCAUUACAUUCUAGACGAGGUUUAUUCACACCUCCACUAUUGGGUGGAGCACUCCUUCGUGGACAAUUCCUUUUUUCUUACUUCUAUUAUAUUACUAUUACAACUAUAACAGAUAGUCUGAAGGAGGUGCAUAUCUUACAUCUCUUGAUGUCAUCAUAAAUGCAGUAAUUAUCAAAAUAAAGUAUUUAAAAUUUUAAAUUCCACUACAUGAUCAGGGUUAAAUCCCUCUCAAAAAACCAUAAUCACUUUGGGACAGUUUGAAAAUCAUUGUGGUUGGAAAGUCAGAAUAUGUUUUGCUUUUUGAAAAUUAAGACCCUGUGCAUUAUAUCAAUAUUUUCUUCGUACCCGGACCUUGACCUAGAAAAUAAAUAAUGAUAUUGAGUUGGAACAGCUCAACGUAAAUAGAUAAAAGAGGCAAAUGAUAAAUAAUUCAUGUUGUGUAAUCCAGUUCAAGCAUCAAUAUGUUGGUGGAAAAGUUAUGGCUAUCAUAACAGAAUUAUAAAGACACUUUGUCAGAAUGAAGAUCUACUUAACCAUGGCCAAACUUUACUUGCAAUACCGGCACAUAAAAGAUUUUUUAAAUUAAUUUCUGCACGGUCUCUAAUUAAUAUAAAGAAGCAUAAAUUCUUGCCGUUUUCCUCUCACAAAUAUCUCUCCUCACAUCCGCGUCUUAGAUCAAUUUCCAAUCCCUGCUGUGAUGUAUCUGAUGAGUUCAUGUCAAAGAGUGAUUAGAUUAGAAAGGAAGGGGAACACUUUCGUACCAUUAAAUAUAGAUGGAUGGGUGAGCCGAGUUUCCGCGGGUCAUCACAGGUCGACUGGCUGCACUGCAAAAAAUCCAGUGUUUAAAGAUUGUUUACCUAAUGUGUCUUAGCAGGACUUAAUGCCGCAUUAUGUUGCAAAUGAAUGUUUUAACGAUGACUAAACACUUGAAGAAAAGCUGCUUGUUGGAGUGCAAGCAGAGGGCUGCUGAGCAUCAAGUGUAUGUAGAACAGAAGCUCAUGCAUAUGUAUGGAUUACCCAAGAGUAGUCGGAGACUAUGUUCAACUGAGGAGCGAUUGUGUUCGAAGGUUUUCGGAAAACUUGAAUCAAAGGGUAGGUUCGCAAAAUGGUAAACACUGUUCACUGUCGAUGAGGGGAGGUGCACAAACAAGGCUUGUGGGUUUUAAUUAAGUUGUUAUUCUGACACAGAAAUGACCCGCACAACAAUCCAACUACUGGGAAAACCAUCACAAGGAUACUGUGGAAUAAAUGUUUUUAUCCGAGAGAUUCUGUCUGUGGAUAAUGUGACGAGCUGUCCAAUAAAGUCAUCAACAUGGGAAAUCA